AUGGGUUUCUUUGGCAAGUUUGAUCCCCCCGAGGACGAGAUUCAGCGCGCGCCGCCCGACGUCGAUAUUGAGAAGAGGGUACCCUCUCAUGAAGAGAAUGAGCCCGGACAACCGCCGGCUGUGGUGGCUGCUGCGCCGAUUGACCCCGAGCUGGAGCGAAGGGUCCUGAGGAAGCUAGACUGGCGAGUCCCGACAUUGAUGGGAUUUCUCUAUCUGCUCGCUUUCCUCGACCGAAGUAACAUCGGCAAUGCCAAAAUCGCCGGCAUGGAGGAGGACCUCGCUCUCACCGACGAAAAAUACUCAUGGCUCCUCACCAUCUUCUACAUUUCAUACACGCUCUUCGAGUUCCAGGCCUUGAUGUGGAAGAUCAUCAAGCCGCACCAAUGGGCUGCUUUUGUCGUGUUCUCCUGGGGGUUGGUGUCAACGUGCCAAGCGGCCACAAAGAAUUGGCAGGGUAUGAUGGCCCUGCGAUUCCUGAUGGGUGUCUUUGAGGCGGGUUUUGGGCCCGGUGUACCAUACCUCUUGUCAUUCUUCUACCGUCGUCACGAGCUCGGUCUCCGAUGUGGUCUGUUCUUGUCGGCGGCCCCGCUGGCAAAUACGUUCGCUGGUGCCCUUGCUUAUGGAAUCACCUCGGGCCAUGGUGCCAUUGCCAAUUGGCGCAUUUUGUUCCUGGUCGAAGGUCUCCCGGUCUGUGCUGCGGCGCUGCUGGCCUGGUUCUAUGUGCCGGAUACGCCUGCGUCGGCUAGAUUCCUGACUGAGGAAGAGAAGGAUAUUGCUCGAGCCCGUGGUCUGCAGCAGGCUGGUGAAGCGGAGCGAGAAGGCAAGAUUCAAUGGAAGGAACUGGCCAUGACUCUACUGGAUGCGAAGGCGUGGUUCACAGCAUUCAUGUACUUUAGCUGCAAUGUCAGUUUCUCCUCGUUGCCCGUUUUCCUUCCAACCAUCCUGAAGGAAAUGGGCUACUCCUCCGUCAACGCCCAGGGCCUCACAGCACCGCCCUUCUUCCUGUCUUUCCUUGUGAUGAUCGGGACCACUUGGGUGGCGGAUCGGAUCCAACAACGUGGAUUGAUGAUCGCGAUUCUCUCCCUGAUCGGCGGUGUGGGGUACAUCCUGUGCGUGGCCUGCACCUCCGUGGGCGUGCGCUACUUUGGCGUCUUUCUGGCCGCGUGUGGAGUCUUCCCGUCGAUCGCCAAUAUUCUGCCGUGGGUUCUGAACAAUCAAGGCUCCGAUACCCGUCGUGGUGGAGGUAUCAUCCUGCUCAACAUCAUUGGCCAAUGCGGCCCUUUCCUGGGAACAAAUGUCUUCCCAGACGCAGAAGCACCGCGAUACAUUAAGGGCAUGUCGAUUUGUGCGGCAUUCAUGUUCUUCACGACGCUGUUGGCGUUGUGUUUGCGGACGCUGCUUGUGUGGGAAAACCGGCAGCUCGACAAGAAGUACGGGCCCAGGAUCGAGGUGGAUCCCUCCAAGGCCGAUGCUGCGCUAUCGGAGGACAACUACGGCGCCAGCUUCAGGUAUGUGUUGUAA